GCAUCCGGGCUCCGCUUGAUGCCAGUGCGUGUUUGUGUAAGUUACUUCCUCAAGUUCAGGGUGAGGGUAACAAUAUCUACCGUGUGGAGUUGUUGGGAAGAUUUACCGCCAACCAAGGCAGAGCGCACGGCUCGCAGGAAGCGCUCGCUGGGGUCUGCUCUUUCCGGGAAUGGGUGGGGUGCGCACUCCUCACAAGGCUCCCAAGACUUGCGUCACGCGCCCCAGUCCGCUGGCUUAUAAAACCCUGCCAGAGCCCCAAGAUCGCUUUUAGUUUCAGUUCUUUCUGGAGGAGCCUCGCGGGGCCCGGCUGGGGAAUCUCAGCUUCGCCGAGCUGGGGGCAGCCCCGGGCGGUCGCCGGCAGAUUUACCCGCGCGUCCACGUUCUUUCCACCCAGUUGCCCUUGCGGCCGCUGUAAACCUGCCGCUAGGACCGGGUCGGUGAGAUCUAGCCUCUUGACCUGAGAGCCGAGAGCUGGGAAGCCGAAAUCCCUGGGCUGGGCUAACAGCUGCGGAGAGCGCGCCCUCGCUGGCUCCGGGCGCGCCCAGCAGGAGCACCGCCCGCGCCCGCCCCUGGACACUUGUAAGUUUCGAUUUCACCGCAGCCGAGUCCUGCGCGGCGGCAGAGCCAGCACAGCCAGCGCGCCAUGGCGGAUCCGGAGGUGUGCUGCUUCAUCACCAAAAUCCUGUGCGCUCACAGGGGCCGCAUGGCCAUGGACGCCCUGCUCCAGGAGAUCAAGCUGUCGGAGGCGCAGCUCUGUGAAGUGCUGCAGGUGGCCGGGCCCGACCGCUUCGUGGUGUUGGAGACCGGCGGUGUGGCCGGGGUCACCCGGUCGGUGGUGGCCACCACUCGAGCCCGGGUCUGCCGUCGCAAGUACUGCCGGAGUCCCUGCGAUAACCUGCAUCUCUGCAAGCUCAACUUGCUGGGCCGGUGCAACUAUUCGCAGUCGGAUCGGAAUUUAUGCAAAUAUUCUCAUGAGGUCCUCUCAGAAGAUAACUUCAGAGUCCUGAAAAAUCAUGAACUUUCUGGACUUAACCAAGAGGAAUUAGCAGUGCUCCUUGUCCAAAGUGAUCCUUUUUUUAUGCCUGAGAUAUGCAAAAGCUAUAAGGGAGAGGGUCGACAGCAGAUUUGUAGCCAGCAGCCACCGUGUGCAAGACUCCACAUCUGUGACCACUUCACGCGAGGGAACUGUCGUUUUCCCAACUGCCUCCGGUCCCAUAACCUGAUGGACAGAAAGGUGCUGGCCAUCAUGAGGGAGCAUGGACUGAGCCCCGACGUGGUCCAGAACAUCCAGGACAUCUGCAACAGCAAGCACAUGCAGAAGAACGCCAUGGGGCCCAGAGCUCCUGCGCAUCGUGGAAACAUGGCACAUAGGGCUAGAAGCAAAAGUAGAGAUCGAUUCCUUCACGGAAGCCAAGAAUUUCUUGCAUCUGCUUCAGCAUCUGCUCAGAGGACCUGCACACCUAGUCCAGAUCGGAUCGGCCACAGGGCUUCCCUGGAGGACGUGCCCGUAGACAAUCUCACCUACAAGUUCUCGUAUCUGGGGAGUCAGGCUCACACUCGGCUUCCCUCUGGCUCGUCCAAGGCUACCGAUCUUGGAGGAGCAAGUCAGGCUGGGGCGAGCAGGGGGUUUUCAGAGAACGGCAGUCUACAUGGCAUCUUGUACGGGAAUCCAGGCGACACUUACCUUGCUUCCGAUUCAACACCAGCCCCCAGCUGGAAGGGCCCCACAUCCUGGAUGAAUGACAAGGGCACCGGGAGAGAGUCUGUGUUUUCUCCCACGCUACCUGCCACCCACUCUUCUCUGGGCUGUCUGCAAACACCUGAAACUGUGACCACCAGAAAGGGCGCAGGCUUGCUUUCCUCAGACUACAGGAACAUCGAUGGCAAAAGUGGAACUCAGGACAUGCAGCCUGGCCCUCUUUUUAAUAAUAAUGCCGAUGGAGUGGCCAAAGAUAUAACUUCCACAAGAUCCUUAAAUUACAAAAGCACAAACAGCGGUCAGAGAGAAAUAUCAUCCCCUAGGAAUCAGGACGCUGGACCUGCUUCCCGAGGUCUCCAGACCACUGGCAGAAUCACAGAUGGUGCUGACCCAAGAGUGGCACUUGUUAACGAUUCUUUAUCUGAUGUCACAAGUACCGCAUCUUCUAGGGUGGAUGAUCAUGGCUCAAAGGAAAUUUGUCUUGACCAUCUAUAUAAGGGCUGUCCACUUAAUGGGAGCUGCACCAAAGUCCACUUCCAUCUACCUUACCGGUGGCAGAUGCUUAUUUCAAGAACCUGGACGGACUUCCAGUUCAUGGAGCAGAUCGAGGAGGCCUACUGUGACCCCCAAAUCCACCUCUGUUCUGUAGGAAGUUAUACAAUCAAUUUUCGGGAAAUGACUUGUGGUUCCAAUCGCAUCCAACGCCUUUCCACUCCUUCUUCUGUCACGAAGCCAGCCAAUCUUGUUUUCACCACCAAAUGGAUCUGGUAUUGGAAGAAUGAAUCUGGCACAUGGAUUCAGUAUGGAGAAGAGAAAGACAAUCAGAAAAGUUCAAGCAUCGACUCUUCCUACCUGGAGGCUUUCUAUCAAUCCUGUCCGAGGGGAGUUGUGCCAUUUCAGGCGGGCUCACGGAACUAUGAGCUGAGUUUCCAAGGGAUGAUUCAGACAAACGUAGCUUCCAAAACUCAAAAGGAUGUCAUCAGAAGACCAAAAUUUGUGUCUCUGUGGGAAAUGAAGCAGAUGAAAAGGGGAACAGACCAUCAGCCAGCACAGGCCUCAUCAGCGCCUUUAACUGCCACCUUUCUUCCUCAGCAGGACCUUUGCUUCCUAUCCUCGGAAAAAUAUAAGGUGUCAGAGAUCAAUCACCUACAUUCGGAAUAUGUCAAAGUAAGUGAGCAUUUUAAAGCUUCCAUGAAACAUUUCAAGAUUGAAAAGAUAAAGAAGAUCGAGAACCCAGAGCUCCUGGAUUGUUUUAAACGGAAGAAGUUGCAGAUGAACGUAGAAGAAAACCUCCUAUUUUAUGCGACAAAACGUGCCUAUGUGGAAUCUAUCUGUGCGAAUAAUUUUGACUGGACCAUACAUGAAACUCAUGUGGCCGCAUAUGGAAAAGGAGGUUACUUUGCAAAAGAUGCCAUCUAUUCCCACAAAAAUUGCCCGUAUGAUGCCAAAAACAUCGUUAUGUUUGUAGCCCGAGUCCUGGUUGGAAAUUUUACUGAAGGAAAUAUGACGUACACGAGCCCUCCUCCCCUGUUCAACAGCUGUGUGGAUAAUAGGUUGAAUCCCUCCGUUUUUGUCAUCUUUCAGAAAGAUCAGAUUUACCCACAAUAUGUGAUUGAAUAUACUGAAACAGACAAAGCCUGCGUGAUUAGUUAGAACCGAUGAAUACAGCGUCAGAAGGAUGCCGUAACUAUUCUGUUGCCUUGCAGAAUAAAUUGCCCCAGAAAGUAAAGUUUUAUAUUUUAAUGUCUUCGAUCAGUGGUCCCCAACCUUUGCUACACAUUUGAAUCAUCUGGAAAGUUUUAAACAAAUUCUGAUGCUCAGGUUGCACCCCAUACCAAUUAAAUCAUUUCUGGGCGUGAGUGCCAGGCAGUUGUAUUUUUUAAAGCCCUUCUGAUGAUUCUAAUGUGUUGCAAAGUUUACCUUGUCUCACAUGUAACUGGCAAAGCUGAUUUUAAAAUUUUCUGUAAUUGCAGCAGCCUUUCUCUCCUGUCUACUUUUUUAGUUUACUGUAUGCCAUGGUUUUGUUUUUGGCUCUAUUGAAAGAAAAUUAAUUUGGGAAAUUUGGGAGAAAUCUAAUGCCUGUUGAAAUAAGGAUAUAAGAAAGAUUGUGAAAAGCUGGGGAGAAAAUGCUUAAGUACACGCUAGGAAAAAAGGAAAAUUGAAAUGCUAUGGCAAACAUAGCUGCCGUACUGUACCUUAUCAUUCUGAUGAAACUGAUCUGGAGCACCCAUUUCUUUAUCGCUACAUUUAUUUAGGGGACAAACUCCAUCCAGGUUGACUGUCUCUGGAAUGUGGUAAUAAGAGCUGCCAAGUGUGGCUCAGAGAGAAGCAACCAACUGGAGUUAAUUGCCCAUUUGGGCUCUUUGUAUAAUGAUGGCAAAGUAGACAUUUAUGUUCUAAUUAAUGUGAUUAUAGAGAAGGCUUUCUCUCAGGUCAGGCUUUUCAUGAAAGUAUUUUGAGAACAAUGAAUUGCAAUAACCGGCCUCACACAAGCAUGACUGAUAAAUUCGAGUGCUGUUGUAGUCUUGGCAAACAAGCCAAGACCCUAGGAGCAGGGCCAUUCCUACCGAAGGGCCGGCCCCCUACGGAGACGAAAUUUGUUUCCUGGUGAGCACAGAAUCAGAACAAGGAACAAUAUCCCAAAGAGGCCCUGUGCCUACCAGGAGCUUCUUUUUCUAAAUAUAAUGGAUUAGGUGGAAUUGUAGUACCAUCGUUUUUUAUUUAGAGCUGGUGGAGUGCUUGGACCAAUAUUUCCUUCCUUCUUAUGGACCAGGGUUUUCCUUCCAAUUUUCUCUUUUCAACAUUCCUUACCAGUCAUCAGAGUUUCCUGUUAUUAUUUCUUCUAGCAGACAUGUUCAAGUCAGAGUUAAUUAGCAUCAGAGUUGAUUUUAUAUUAGUCAGAUUUUGGAUCAUCACAGAGAUCUCCACAACUCUUUGGCUUAAACGACUCCACCAGUAAAAAAUAUAGAGAUUUUUUUUUUAGAGUAAUUUUGUGGGAGGGGGACCACAAAUGCUUAUUCUCAUUCACUUAUGUUUUCUUAUGGUAGCUUUCAUUUUGGAGGGUUCAUUUUCUGAACUUGACCAUCACAUUAUAGGGGUGCAGUGUGUCCAACUCUUUCCAACAGCCCAUUAGACACCACUAGCUGGAUAUUUCACAGUCAUCUUUGAUUCAAGCUGUCCAGAGUGGAACUCUCCAUCCGCCUCCCUCACAUGAAUCUGUUUCUCUCCCAGGAUUCUGUGUGUAAGUGAACAGUAUCACCAUCUACCGAUUGGCUCAAGCAGAAAUCCAGAAGUCAUCUUUGACUCCUUGCUCUCCCUCCUGAUAAAUGUCUAAGCAGUUUCUCAUCUAGUUUUACCUCUUAACUGUCUCUGUUCCCAAAUUGUUUCAUGUGUUUUCUUCACAGCAAGAAGCUUAUCUUUUUAAAAAUGUACUUAGUAAUGCAUAUUCAAAGCACAAGUCUGAUCAAGUCUUCAGGAUAAAGUUCAAAACCACUAUCACAGCCCCAGGUGACCUCUCCCUCCCCUCCCCUCCCCUCCCCUCUGUGAUGUAGCUUCUUCUGCACAAGCCACUCUGCUGGCUUUCUUUCAGUUUUGUGGUUCCCAUUUUCAGCUAGUUCAGUGGUUCUCAUUGAGCACUUCUGCCUUUUUUUUUUUUUUUUUUUUUACAAAUACAAAUGGCAUCUUCUCUAUUAUCCUCAAAAUCUAAUACAUGCUUCACCUACAUACAAUUUUAGAAAUAAAUUAAGAAUUAAAUAAAACUAAUAUUAACAUAAAAAGGAAAUAAAGGGUACCUAACUUGGGAACAACUAUAAUCGAAGACCUAAGGAAGUAGUCAGAUGCUUACAACUAUUUAUAAUGAAUCAAUUUAAACUUAGAAGGUAGGAGAUCAGACCAUCCGUGGAAAAAUGCAAACGAAGAGAUACGAGUGGACAUUACAGUAAAAACUAGGGAUACAAUAACUUCUUUGCAUUUGACAAUACUUAUUUGUAUAUGAUAAGAGAAAGAACGAAUUAACCUUAAUUGAAAUAAAGAUACUAUGCAAGAAAAUGUACAGAUUGUCGACGUGGAGAAAAUGAAGAUAUAUUCUUACAGACGAGCUAUAGAUCAUACAUGAAUGUCUAGUGAGACAUUCAAAAUUCGUAUAGGGUGCAGAAUAAUUUCUUAUUGUGAGGAACUGUCCAAUGUAUUGCAAGAUGUUCUUCGUACUUGGCUCUCACAAACUAAAUGCUAGUAGCGCCCCACCCCCACGCCCAGUCAUGGUGACAACCACGAACCCCAUCGGAUCUGUUCACCCUUUUCAGAGCAGAUAUUUUGUAACAUCCUCUUUCCUGUCCUGAAAUGACUCAUAGAUAAUCAAAUCUACUUACACACAUGAAUUUCUUAAAAAAUCAAUUUAAUGCCCUAACUCUCUUAUAAAGGAGAAAUAGAAAGAAAUUUGGAAUGAAAAGAAGAUGAAUUUUAAAUGCUCAGGCAUGACUAUGCUGUAUGAAAGAGACAGAUGUUUACUCUUCAUUAUAAUGAGUAGGUUUGGAUUUAAGAGCCUUUAGAGGCUACUUCCUGUAAACAAGUAGAGGAAAAUGAAACUAGAGGUAUGGGGGACACUAGAAUGAAAACCAGUGUUAGGGUAAGUCAAAACAGACCAUAUACAUCAUGUGUAUAUGGGGAAAAAAGCGAAAUUACCUUAAGGAUAAUAGGACAAGACAAAUUACAGGUUGUCUCAGAGAAAACAAAACGAGUUACUCUCUCAGACAAGCUGUGGGUCCUACAUACAUGUCCAGUAGGACAUUAGACUGUCGUACAGGGCACAGAAUAAUUCCUCAUUGUGUGACAUAACCCACACACUGCAGGACGUCUGUCAGCCCCAGCUGCACCCACUCAGUGCCGGUAGUAGUCCACAAUUGUGAAACCACCAACAAACCAUUGACCACAGUGAGAACCACUGGUUUUUUUCCGGGGACCUAGUGAAUAUCUAGCAUCCUUAGAUCAUCCCAACUGUUACUUCCCUAAAGAGUCCUUCUACAGAAUGGGUCAGAUCCUUGCCUCCCUAACUCCUUAUUUUUAAAAUACUUUGCACCUUGCUUUGUUAAUUUGUAUUAUGUAUCCAAACUGAAAUUAUCUGUUUUCUGCAUUAGAAUGUAAGUCCUGAGGGCUGGGUCAGUCUUGUUUGCUGUGCUAUGCCUAACGCCCAGCCAAGCAGGGUGCUUUGUACACUGAUGUACUGGAUAAAUUUUGUUGAAUAAAUUAAGUUCAGCUAUUUAUAUUUCAAUAAUUGAGUAGUAUUGCUUCUGGUUCUUCAAGCUUAAUUUGAACUAUCUAAUAAAAAUAAGUAAUUAA